AGCGCGUCCGCCUUGGUCUUUCUUCUCUUCAUCAGGCCCUCUGGCCAUGCCCGCUCCUUAUGCGUUUGUAUCCUUAUUGACCUCCGACACCUACCUACCUGGCGCGUUAGCUCUCGCCGCGGCCCUCAAAGAGGUGCAUCAAUCCUCGGCCGAUGAACAGAACAUCCAAUUCGAAACAGUCUGCCUCGUCACGCCAGAGACGGUCGACGUCGCUUCCAUAAAACUGCUCAGAAGAGCUUUCGAUGUCGUCGUCGGCGUGGAGAUCAUCGAACAGAACGACGAUAAGGGCCUUCGGCUUCUUGGACGCCCGGAUCUCAACCACGUCUGCACCAAGCUCCAUGCCUUCCGCCUGACCGAGUACUCCAAGAUUAUCUUCCUAGAUGCCGAUGUUCUCCCCAUUCGGCCGCUCUCUCACCUCUUCACGUUACCCCACGAGUUCGCGGCGGUUCCUGACGUGGGGUGGCCCGACAUCUUCAAUUCCGGGGUGUUCGUCGCCACACCUGGCGUACACCACUUUCAGGAUCUCAUGGAGCUGCUCAAGACCCGUGGCAGUUGGGAUGGCGGAGAUCAAGGCCUGCUGAACGAAUGGCGCGGCGAAAACUGGCACAGGCUCAGCUUUACCUACAAUACGACCCCCACAGCCGCGUACACAUAUGCUCCGGCGUACGAGCGUUUUGGGGCUAAAAUUUCGGCCGUCCACUUCAUCGGCCCCAACAAACCGUGGAACGCUAUUCCGUGGCGCGGUCCGACCUCCGAGAGUUUUCAAAGCCAGAUUUUGGAACAUCGCGAACCGACUCCCCUCAACCAGGUGUACAACUACGGAUCACUGGUGGACCGCUGGUUUGCCGUUUACGACAAGUAUUACCGUUCCCCCCGCACGUUGCCGCCGGCUCAGUUUGAACUGCAACGCUACCAAUCAGCAUGGGAUGAAGGUUCUCAUCUCGGCGCAGAAGCCCUCCCCAGCCAGGCUCCUACCCAUGCCGGGGGCUCGUUAGGUCUGGAAGAUCUCAAGCGUAUCGCUUUAGAAGGGGUCAGCGGUACCUUCGCUGGCUCUUCUGAUGGGGACCGCUCCGAAGGCGGAUACCGGCGCAUGCCGCUCGAAGGACGGGUCGACCUGAUGCGUCCGAAGCGUGAAUAUGUUGCGCAGGACGAGAUCGACGACCAGGCGCAGGGAAGCGGUCCUCCCCCUGUUAUCGUGGUAGAGGCUGCCACGCCCCCACAACCACCGCAAGGAUUUCGCUUCGAGACUCUGCCAACUCCGCAGCCUCACGAGCUUCCUCCUGCUCCUCAUCCGGGAUUUCGCUCUUUGGCUCCAUCGCCGUCACCGUCGCCAUCUCAAGGGACCCAACCUGCUGGUGACAACGAACAGCAUCAACAAGGCCAGCAAUAUCAUCUGAGCCAUGGCCACCGCCAUCACGGAUCCACCCCUUCUGAACCUUUCCUCGGGUUUCCUCAACAUUCUCACGAUCGUCACGUAGCUCCAGCACCUUCCCCUCUGUAUUUGCCUCCGUCCGAUUCUGACUCUUCCUUCGAUUCUCCUGUCCAGUAUUUCUCGCAACAGCAUCUUGGUAUCUCUUCGAGCUCUGCUCACCAACGGCGCCAUGCUGAAGCAGGCAACCGGCCCAUGUCCUCACAUCAUCUCCAUCACCGACAUGAUUUCCGCGUUUCACCUUCCGGCAGUCCUGGGCACCAUAGCCCAACUACGGGCCGUCGUCACUCUCCGCCACAGGCUCAAUACCACGAACUGCCUCCUCACAUGCAUGUCCAUGUCCAUACCCAAAAUCGCCAUCACCAAGAACCGCCUCGUCCGGCGUCGCCGCCGAAGGUACAAUGGAAUCCUGCGAUCGAGCCGCCUCCGAAUGACCCUCCUUUGCAGUCUGCCUUCCCAACCGAAACGUUUUUCACCAACGCAUGGGAUCAAGCCAAGGCUCACGACGCACAAGGAGUGGGUGCACCUCCUGACCACUUGUUCCAAGCUCCGCCCCCAGCGCCUAUUCCUCACGACUUGAUUCAGCAGGGCCACUACCGCAAUGUCACAGGCGACGGUGGCGGUCACGAUCCUGUCCCUGAUCGGUCGCAUGUCAAACACGUCUUCCCUUGGGAGGACAAACCGCGCCCCAUGCCGGCUCGCGUGUUCCCCAAGGCCGACGAACUACCGCCAGACGCGCAAUAUUUCUCGAGUUCGCCGAAUCUUUCGCCAUCUAUAAGCAGCCCGCGCACCCGUGCGGUGCGCACGCCUUCAGGCUCUGUCGCUCAUCUGCUCUCCCCGCCCGGCAGCUUCCCACAAAGGAUCGGCUACGCUAAUGCCUGGGACUCUGUGCCCAGUAUACAGAAGUAUGCUUCCAGGCUGGCGCAACCCCCGCUCCCUGCGCGAGCCGCUGGCUCGAGCACCGGCAAGCUCAUGAGCUGGGACGAACGAACUGAGGCCGGAAGCCGGGAUGCCGAUGAUGAAGACGAAGGCGACGAUGAACAAUCCGAUGACGGCGGUCAGGACCCUUCGGACGGGGAGGAAAGCGGCGAUGACCCUGCCAAAGGACGCCUGCGUCGCUCUGGCGAUUCGACUCCGGUCAGAACAGGGACAGGUUCUCCGAACUUUUUGGUGAGUCGAUCGAAAUAUCGUUCUCGCGGGGUCCAGACAGACCCCGUUGAGACACGAAGUCAGGCAGUGCAGGUUUCAUCGCUCGAGGCGCAGAUCUCGCCGCACGAGCAUGAUGCACGUCUGAUCAGGGAAAGGCGCAUAUCGAAGGGUCGUGCGGAGCUAGCUCCAAGUCGUCUGCCGCCACCGGCAAGUCCCAAGCUGGCGGGCAUUCAACAGCACCGUCGCGUAUCGCCUCUAAAGAUGCAGAUGCCUUUCAGAAGAGCAUCGCCAAGCGGCGGCUCUCCGACGAUCUCUUCGCCGGCGGUUACUCAUCCUGCGGCGCGUCCACAGGUCUACAACCAGACGCCUAUGGAGACGCCUGAGUUCUCUUCGCCGCCUAUGGCGAUGGUGCGCACGCCGUCGGCGUCCUCCUCCUCGCAAGGCCCGAUAUCGCCAGCGGAAGGUCAGCCGAUCUCUGGGGUCGCCUCGAUGCCUGCUCGCAAGCCCACCGGGCGAGUUUGGGAUCCGGCACGCGGGGUGGACGUUUUCAAACGAGGUUCUGAAGAGGUGUUGGCAAGGUUCUUGCGCAUGGGUGGCUGGGAAGAGGAUGCUCAGGCUCGUGGCCAAGAUCGAGUUUCACGUUAGACCAGAUAACUAGACGUCGUUUUCAUCGGCCUUCCCCUACGUUCGUUCUGUCAGUUUUUGGACCAGUUCUCGUCUCCGUGCCGUCUGCGUUACCCUUCUCGCAAUUUCCAGAUACCCGUGCCUCUCACCAAUGUCGCUUCGUAUGCAGAAAUGAGUCGGUCUCGCAAUACCAUGCCAAUGUUGUUAUCCAUCGAGAGAACGACUUGACGUCACUGGCUCGCCAUAAAUGUCUGUACAGCCACUUCGCCAUGACGGGGUUGGAUGGAUGCACCGAACAUGACAUCAUGCGCGCUCCACCGUUUGCUAUGGGAUCGUCCGUAUAAAGAUGCACGACGCGUUACCGGGGCUCCCUCAGAUACACCCGCUUUCGAUCAGUCUGACACGAUCGUUACGCCACCGUAAUCAUGUCCAACGAACAAUACCAGACCACCGCCGCUGUGGCGGAGGUUGAGGCAUCCACCGACAAGUUGGCGAAGCAAGUCGACCAGAACGCGUCGAUCGCCCAAGAGGUUGCAUCCGAGGCAGCAUCGACCGCGCAGAGCAAGGGCUCCAGUUUGACCGGAGACGUGUCUGUCUCGCAACAGCUCGGCGAGAAGAUGAACGCCGCUGCGGCCGAAGGCCAGGCGAAUGUCGAGUCUGCCAAGGCGACCGGUGCCAGUUACGUUGAUCAGGCAAAGGGCCUGGCUAGCAGCGCAAUCGCGUCUGCUACCGCAACUGCGAACUCCAUGCUCGGCACCGUACAAUCAACAAUACAGCCGCACGUCGAAACAGCGAAAGCGACUGCUCAGCCUCACAUCGAGCGGGCUACCGCCGCCGUUCAACCCUAUGUAGAACGAGCCGUUGCUGCUGCCCAGCCUCACAUCGAGACCGCGCAACAAUAUACCGGUCUUGCAUCCGCUGCUGAUGGCACCGCGGCAGGACCACCGUCAACCGGCAUUCCAUCGACAACGGCGCCUCUGGAGGCAGGCUCGCAUACAGUAGAUAGUCCUUAUCCUAACACAGCGACUACGGAGGGUGCACCGAAGACAUACUGCGCAUGCACGAUAGCAUCUGUGUCUCCCUCUACGGAGUGCAGGCAUCUCUGCCUUGUUUCUGUCCCCAGUCCAAAGCCUGUCGCAAUGGAAAAUUUUAUCAACAUUGCCAAGCAGGGUUACGAGGCAUACCAAGAAUCUCAAGGAAACGUGAGCCAGACAGGUGGCCAGCAAUACAACACUCCCAACAAUCAGCAGCAAGUCGUCAACGACGUGCACAGUAGUAGUAGGUCGACGCCUUGGAAUAUGAAUCCGGCGAUAAGUAACGGGCGUUUGGUAGUUGACGGCGAGGAGGCCGUCCGCAGCGCGUCUUCUCAUGGCUCUGGUGAUAGUGGCCUUUUCUCCCAAGCGUUGAGUUUUAUCGGUCAGAACAAGCAAGAGCAUACCCAACCGAUCGACGAGCAACACGUACAGAACGCUCACGUAGAGGCAUAUCAAAACAACAACGCCUCCAGCCUCAGUGCGGGCUCACUGGGUAGCGCCGCGGCGCUGCAGGUACUCAAGCAGUUCACCUCCGGAAGCAGCACCUCAGGAGGCGGAGGCAACAUGCAAACGAAGAUGAUAAGCAUGGCUAUGGCAGAGGCCAGCAAGCUCUUCGACAGCGCUGGCGGUGCGUCCUCAGGUGGCAAGCAGGAUGCAGUCAAUUCGGCAGCCAUGACCGUUAUGAAGCUCAUGGUCCAAUCCAAAUUCAGCUCCGUGAGUGGCGCUGGUAAUAGCGGCGGUCUCGGUAGUUUGAUGGGCAUGGCGAUGAAGCUGGUGUGAAGCACAAUGGUCCUUCUUGGCAGCCAUUGAUGUUGGAAGUGAUGGGCAAUCCUUGACAUUGUAGCUCAUGAUAUGUAGUCCAACGAUACAGCCUGACUGACGAAACAUCGAGUAUCGAUACACAAGGAUUACAAAGAACAGUAACACGAGAGCAAAACUAUAGCAAGACAGCAGCUGGUGGUUCUUGAACGGAUGGAAAACAUAUAUACGAAAAUAUCAAUAUGAAUAUGUGGAACGGACGACGGCCCGGGAAGCGAGCGACAUUGGUACCGAAGGACACGGAGACUCAUGACAAGGAAGACAUCGAGUGGGUACACAGCUGUGAAUUCAGGGAUGACCAUG